CCGAGGACGCACGCAGCCCCGUCGCCCGCGCCGGCGACAGCUCCAGCCCGCCGGCGGUGCGGCCGCCCCGGCCCGAGCGCAGCGCGCGGGUCCGGGCGGAUGGGCAGCUGCGGGCGGCGGCCGCGGCCCCAGGACGCGCCGCUCUGCGCCACCCCUGGCCGGUCCCGGCGGACGGCAGCUCUGAGGUGAAGGAAGUAUCCUAACCAGAUGUCUCGAGGAAAAGAACAGAGGAUGCGUUGUGGGGGUGACUGAGAAGCACCGUGAUUUUGGAGAUGGUUGUGGCAUCUGCGGUUGGCUGCGCACUGUAGACCGCAGCGCCCUGCACGCUUGGUCUCCUGCUGUGAGUGACGGUGGGGUUAGAGUUGUACCAGUCUCUCUGGUGAGAUGACUGUUUGCCCCUGUGGACAUGAGUGACCCACGGCAGUUGCAAACGGAGAGGCACAAGCGUGGCAGAGUCGCCACCAAGCUCAAGGACACUCCCGGAAUCAUGCAGUCUGAUGAUUAUUUUGCUCGAAAAUUUAAAGCCAUUAAUGGCAACAUUGGAACUGCUACAUCUUUAAGUAUCUCCAGUCCCAGUGAGAGUGGUGGUCCAGCCAAUGGUACCCCAGCUGUGCCCAAGAUGGGUGUGAGGGCCAGAGUAUCCGAAUGGCCUCCCAAAAAGGACUGCUCCAAGGAUCUGGCCUGUAAGACGCUGUGGGAAAGCCGGUCGCAGUCCAGCUAUGAGAGCGUCACCUCCAUGCUGCAGAACGGGCAGAGCGACCAGGGAGACGCCCAGCACGAGGAGCAGCUAGACCUGGACUUUGUGGAGGCCAAGUACACCCUUGGAGACCUCUUCAUCCAUUCUUCCCAGAGAGGACUGCACCCCAUACGGCAGAGAAGCAAUAGCGAUGUCACCAUCAGCGACGUUGACGGUGAGGACGUGCUAGACCAGCGUGCGGUGAACCCCAACACGGGGGCCGCCCUGCGCAGGGAGUACGGGAGCACAUCGUCCAUCGACAGGCAGGGCUUGUCUGGAGAGAACUUCUUUGCGAUGCUCCGAGGAUAUCGGGUGGACAAUUAUGACCCCAAAGCCGCGAGCCCCUUUGGAUUCCCUGAGUUCUUCCCCUGCGACCCUGCCAUCUCCCCCAGCCUCCACGCCGCAGCGCAGAUUGCUAGGGGAGAGCUCGUCCGCAUCUCAGCGCUGGACUACAUGGACAGUGCCCUCCUGAUGGGGAGGGACAGGAACAAACCUUUCAAGCGCAGAUUGAAAUCGGAGUCAGUGGAAACUUCGCUCUUCCGAAAGCUGCGGACUGUGAAGAGCGAGCACGAGGCCUUCAAGUUCACAUCUGACCUGGAGGAGGGCCGCCUUGAGCGGGGGGCUCGCCCCUGGAGUUGUCAGCGCUGCUUCGCACACUACGACGUCCAGAGCAUCCUGUUCAACAUCAACGAAGCCAUGGCCACCAGGGCCAGCGUGGGGAAGAGGAAGAACAUCACCACAGGGGCUUCAGCUGCAUCGCAGACCCCCGCAGCUGCCGGCCCGGUGGGCAGCUGCGAGUCGCCCCUGGGCAGCAAGGAAGACCUCAACUCGAAGGAGAACCUGGACGCCGACGAGGGCGACGGCAAGAGCAACGACCUGGUCCUGAGCUGCCCUUACUUCCGAAACGAGACUGGUGGGGAGGGUGACCGGCGUAUUGCGCUCUCCCGGGCCAACUCGGCCUCCUUCAGUGCUGGCGAGAGCUGCUCCUUCGAGUCUUCCCUCAGCUCCCACUGCACCAACGCAGGCGUCUCCGUGCUGGAGGUGCCCCGAGAGAGCCAGCCGGUUCACAGGGAGAAGGUCAAGCGCUACAUAAUAGAGCACAUCGACCUGGGGGCCUACUACUACCGCAAAUUCUUCUACGGGAAAGAACACCAGAACUACUUUGGAAUAGACGAAAACCUAGGCCCCGUGGCAGUCAGCAUCCGGAGGGAGAAGGUGGAAGAGGUCAAGGAGAAGGAAGGACCCCAGUUCAACUACAGGGUGGCUUUCAGGACGAGCGAGCUGACCACCCUGCGCGGAGCCAUCUUGGAGGACGCUGUGCCCUCCACUGCCCGGCACGGCACCGCGCGGGGCCUCCCCCUCAAGGAAGUGCUGGAGUUCGUCGUCCCAGAGCUGAGCAUCCAGUGCCUGCGGCAGGCCUCCAGCUCCCCCAAGGUCCCGGAGCAGCUGCUCAAGCUGGACGAGCAAGGGCUGAGCUUUCAGCACAAGAUUGGUGUCCUUUACUGCAAAGCAGGCCAGAGCACAGAGGAGGAGAUGUACAACAACGAGACAGCCGGGCCGGCCUUUGACGAGUUCCUUGACCUGCUGGGCCAGAGAGUGCGGCUAAAAGGGUUCAGCAAGUACCGUGCCCAGCUGGACAAUAAAACGGAUUCCACAGGAACCCACUCCCUGUACACCACAUACAAAGACUACGAGCUCAUGUUCCACGUGUCGACCCUGCUUCCAUACAUGCCAAACAACAGGCAGCAGCUUCUACGGAAGAGGCACAUCGGGAACGACAUCGUCACCAUCGUCUUCCAGGAGCCUGGGGCUCUUCCGUUCACGCCCAAGAACAUCCGCUCCCACUUUCAGCACGUCUUUGUCAUAGUGAAAGUGCACAACCCUUGCACGGAGAAUGUGUGCUACAGUGUUGGAGUUUCCAGAUCAAAGGAUGUUCCAUCAUUCGGUCCCCCCAUCCCUAAAGGUGUGACUUUUCCAAAGUCAGCAGUGUUUCGGGACUUCCUGUUAGCCAAAGUAAUUAAUGCAGAAAAUGCAGCCCAUAAAUCAGAAAAAUUCCGAGCAAUGGCCACCCGAACCAGGCAGGAGUACUUGAAGGACCUGGCUGAGAACUUUGUCACUACUGCCACAGUGGACACCUCUGCCAAGUUUAGCUUCAUCACCCUGGGUGCGAAGAAGAAGGAGAGGGUGAAGCCCAGGAAAGACGCCCAUCUUUUUAGCAUCGGAGCCAUCCUGUGGCGCGUGGUGGCCCGCGACUUCGGCCAGUCCGCAGACAUCGAGUGCCUCCUGGGGAUUUCUAACGAGUUCAUCAUGCUGAUAGAAACGGACUCCAAGAACGUGGUGUUCAACUGCUCCAGCAGGGAUGUCAUUGGGUGGACGUCUGGGUUAGUGAGUAUCAAGGUGUUCUACGAGAGGGGAGAGUGUAUCCUGCUGUCCUCAGUGGACAGCCGUGCAGAAGACAUACGAGAAAUCGUCCAGCGACUAGUCAUCGUGACCAGAGGCUGUGAGACCGUGGAAAUGACCCUGCGGAGGAACGGGCUGGGCCAGCUAGGCUUCCACGUGAACUUCGAGGGCAUUGUGGCUGACGUGGAGCCUUUCGGCUUUGCCUGGAAGGCAGGCCUGCGCCAGGGCAGCCGCCUCGUGGAGAUCUGCAAGGUGGCUGUGGCCACACUGACCCACGAGCAGAUGAUAGACCUGCUGCGGACUUCCGUCACUGUCAAGGUGGUCAUCAUCCAGCCCCAUGACGACGGCUCGCCCCGCAGGGGGUGUUCAGAGCUCUGCCGGAUCCCCAUGGUGGAAUACAAGCUGGACAGCGAGGGCACGCCCUGCGAGUACAAGACUCCGUUCCGGAGGAACACCACGUGGCACCGUGUGCCCACACCUGCCCUGCAGCCCGUCUCCAGAGCCUCCCCUGUGCCUGGCACACCGGACCGCCUGCAGUGCCAGCCCCUGCUCCCACAGGCCCAGGCCGCCAUUCCCCGCAGCACCUCCUUCGACAGGAAGCUGCCUGACGGCACCAGAAGUUCUCCCAGCAACCAGUCGUCCUCCAGUGACCCCGGACCCGGUGGGAGCGGACCCUGGAGACCACAAAUGGGCUACGAUGGGUGUCCAUCCCCUCUGCUGAUGGAGCACCAGGGCCCAGGCGCUUUGGAAUGUGAUGGAUCCAGAGAGCAUGAGGAUGCCAUGGACGGAAGCAGGCACCCAGAAACAAAAUGGCACGGCCCACCUUCCAAAGUCUUGAGUUCCUAUAAAGAAAGAGCCCUGCAGAAAGAUGGAAGCUGCAAAGACUCUCCUAAUAAGCUUUGCCAUAUGGGAGAUAAAAGCUGCUCCAGCCCCUCCAGCAGCAACACACUGUCCAGCAACACAUCCAGCAGCAGCGAGGACAAGCACUUCGGGUCCGGGGAUCUGAUGGACCCCGAGUUGCUGGGGCUGACCUACAUCAAAGGGGCUUCCACCGACAGCGGCAUCGACACGACCCCCUGCCUGUCGGCCACCGUCCUCGGCCCCGUGCACCUGGCCGGCAGCCGGUCCCUGAUCCACAGCCGGGCCGAACAGUGGGCUGACGCAGCCGACAUCUCGGGGCCCGCCGACGAGCCCGCCAAGCUGUACGCCGUGCACGGUUACCCUGCCGCCAUCUCCACCGGCGGCGCCGACGACGAGCCCGCCAAGCUGUACGCCAUGCACGGUUACCCUGCCGCCAUCUCCACCGGCGGCGCUGCCGGCGGCAGCACGGGCGACCUCAGUGAGAUAUCAUCCCACUCCAGUGGCUCUCACCAUUCAGGAAGUCCGUCAGCUCAUUGUUCCAAAAGCAGUGGGUCCCUGGAUUCCUCCAAAGUCUACAUUGUGUCGCACAGCAGUGGUCAGCAGGCUCCUGGCUCCACGUCCAAGCCUUACCACAGGCAGGGAGUGGCAAGCACGUAUGUCAUUGGCUGGAAGAAAUCAGAAGGCAGCCCGCCACCCGAGGAGCCCGAGGUGACCGGAUGUCCAGGGAUGUACAGUGAGAUGGACGACCUGGCCCCAGCUCGGCACCAGGCCGUGGGAGACCCAGCUUCGGAAACUCAGCACGUCCUCUCCAAAGAAGACUUCCUGAAGCUCAUGCUUCCUGGGAGCCCCUCGGUGGGAGAAGGGAGGAGGAAGUUCUUGUUCUACGGGAACCUGUCUCCCCGGAGGUCGCUGUACCGCACACUGUCUGACGAGAGCGUCUGCAGCAAUCGGAGGGGAUCAUCCUUCGGGGGCUCCCGGAGCUCCAUACUGGACCAGGCCCUGCCCAACGACAUCCUGUUCAGCACCACCCCGCCCUACCACAGCACGCUGCCUCCGAGAACCCAGCCUGCGCCCGGCAUGGGGACCCUGCGCAAUGAGUUCUGGUUCUCCGAUGGGUCGUUAUCAGAGAAGUCCAAGUGCACAGACCCGGGCCUGAUGCCCCUCCCUGACACGGCCACAGGAUUAGAUUGGUCCCACCUCGUCGACGCUGCACGGGCGUUUGAAGGUCUUGACUCAGAUGAAGAACCGGGGCUGCUCUGUCACCACGCGUCCUGUCUAGACCAGAGGGUGGCAUCUUUCUGCACCCUGACAGACCUGCAGCACGGGCAGGACCUGGAAGGGGCCCCGGAGCUCCCCCUGUGUGUGGACCCCAGCAGCAGCAAGGAGUUCAUGGACACAGCUGGGGAGCGCUCUCCGUCCACACUGACCGGGAAAGUCAACCAGCUGGAGUUGAUCCUGCGGCAGCUGCAGACAGACCUGCGGAAGGAGAAGCAGGACAAGGCCGUCCUGCAGGCAGAGGUGCAGCACCUGCGCCAGGACAACCUGCGGCUGCAGGAGGAGUCGCAGACCGCCACCGCCCAGCUGCGCAAGUUCACCGAGUGGUUCUUCAGCACCAUGGACAAGAAGGCCUGACCUGCCCCCCCCCCCCCCCCCCCCCCCCC